CCGCGCCCCCGGGCCACGCUGUAGCGGGGCUGCGGCUGGAGCGCACACGCCGGGCAGGCGGGCCAUGGAGGUGGUGGACGAGACCGAAGCGCUGCAGCGCUUCUUCGAAGGCCAUGACAUCAGCGGUGCCCUGGAGCCCUCCAACAUAGACACCAGCAUCCUGGAGGAGUACAUCGGCAAGGAGGACGCAUCGGACCUCUGCUUCCCUGACAUCUCUGCACCAGCCAGCACAGCCUCCUUCCCCCACGGGCCACCAGCCAUUCCCGGCUCCAGCGGGCUCCACCAUCUGAGCCCCCCUGGGAGUGGACCAUCCCCUGGGCGCCAUGGCCCCCUCCCACCCCCGACCUACGGCACCCCACUCAACUGCAACAACAACAACGGCAUGGGCACCGCCCCCAAGCCCUUCCUGGGGGGCUCUGGGCCUCCCAUCAAGGCAGAGCCCAAGGCUCCCUAUGCCCCAGGCACUCUGCCAGACUCGCCCCCAGACUCAGGCUCUGAGGCCUACUCCCCUCAGCAGGUGAAUGGUGAGUCCAGCGGGCAGCACCAACCUCCCCCUCUGGGUUUGGGCAAAUGGUUGGUGCAGCCUUAUCAGGGAGAGAGGGAGGAGGGAGGGAGGGGGCCAGCGGCUGCCCAACGGGUCAGAUUAUCGCUGGUCAAAUACUCCUGGCGCUGGCUAUUGUUCCCCCAUGGGCGGGUGGGAAGCCUGGUCCUGCCUCAGAGCAAGUGUCCCUGCUGGCGAUGCCACCGUCUGGCCCCCUGUGCCAUCAUGGACGCGCCCUUUGGCGACCCCCAUCUUCUGCGCACCAUAACCCCGGAGACGCUGUGCCACGUGGGAGUUCCUUCCCGACUGGAGCACCCGCCCCCACCUCCAGCCCACUUGUCAGGCCCACCCCCACCCCCGCCACCCCCACCUCACUACCCUGUCAUUCAGCGGGACCUCUACAUGAAGGCUGAGCCCCCUGUACCCCCCUAUGCUGCCAUGGGGCCGGGGCUGGUGCCUCCCGAACUCCACCACCCCCAGCAGACUCAGGUGCUACACCAGCUGCUGCAGCAACACGGAGCUGAGCUCCCUCCACACCCCUCCAAGAAGAGGAAGCACUCUGAAUCACCCCCCAACACCCUCAAUGGCCAGAUGCUGAACGGAAUGAUCAAGCAGGAACCUGGGACUGUGACAGCCCUGCCCCCACACCCCGCCAGAGCUCCAUCCCCUCCAUGGCCUCCCCAGGGCCCCCUCUCACCUGGCACCAGCUCCUUGCCCCUCAGCAUUGCCCGAGUCCAGACUCCACCUUGGCACCCACCAGGUGCACCCUCCCCAGGCCUCCUGCAGGACAGUGAUAGCCUCAGUGGCUCCUACCUGGACCCCAACUACCAAUCCAUCAAGUGGCAGCCGCAUCAGCAGAACAAGUGGGCGACCCUGUAUGACGCCAACUACAAGGAGCUGCCUAUGCUCACCUAUCGUGUGGACGCUGACAAGGGCUUUAACUUUUCGGUGGGUGAUGAUGCCUUUGUGUGCCAGAAGAAGAACCACUUCCAGGUGACUGUGUACAUCGGCAUGCUGGGCGAACCUAAGUAUGUUAAGACGCCGGAAGGCCUCAAGCCGCUGGACUGCUUCUAUCUGAAGCUGCAUGGAGUCAAGCUGGAGGCCCUGAACCAGUCUAUCAACAUUGAGCAGUCUCAGUCAGACAGAAGCAAGAGGCCCUUCAACCCUGUCACGGUCAAUCUUCCCCCUGAACAGGUCACAAAGGUGACCGUGGGGCGGCUCCAUUUCAGUGAGACCACUGCCAACAACAUGAGAAAGAAGGGCAAGCCCAACCCUGACCAGAGGUAUUUCAUGCUGGUGGUGGCCCUCCAGGCACAUGCGCAGAACCAGAACUACACACUGGCAGCCCAGAUCUCAGAGCGCAUCAUUGUGCGGGCCUCUAAUCCAGGCCAGUUUGAGAGUGACAGUGACGUUCUGUGGCAACGGGCACAGCUGCCAGACACUGUCUUCCACCAUGGCCGCGUCGGCAUCAACACGGACCGGCCCGAUGAGGCGCUGGUCGUGCAUGGCAAUGUCAAGGUCAUGGGAUCUCUUAUGCACCCUUCCGACUUGCGGGCCAAGGAGCAUGUGCAGGAGGUGGACACCACUGAGCAGCUGAAGAGGAUCUCUCGUAUGAGGCUUGUGCACUACAGAUACAAGCCCGAGUUCGCUGCCAGUGCGGGCAUCGAGGCCACUGCACCAGAGACAGGUGUCAUCGCACAGGAAGUGAAGGAGAUCUUGCCUGAGGCUGUGAAGGACACGGGAGACGUAGUCUUUGCCAAUGGGAAAACCAUAGAGAACUUCCUGGUGGUGAACAAGGAGCGAAUCUUCAUGGAGAAUGUGGGGGCUGUGAAGGAGUUAUGCAAGCUGACAGACAACCUGGAGACUCGCAUUGAUGAGCUGGAGCGCUGGAGCCACAAGCUGGCCAAACUGCGGCGCCUUGACAGCCUCAAGUCAACCGGCAGCUCUGGCGCUUUCAGCCAUGCAGGGAGCCAGUUUAGCCGGGCAGGCAGUGUCCCCCACAAGAAGAGGCCCCCUAAAAUGGCCAGUAAGCCGUCACCAGUGGUCCCAGACCAGGCCUGCAUCAGCCAGCGCUUCCUGCAGGGAACUAUCAUUGCUCUGGUGGUGGUCAUGGCCUUCAGCGUGGUGUCUAUGUCCACUCUGUAUGUGCUGAGCCUGCGCACCGAAGAGGACCUGGUGGAUGCUGAUGGCUCUCUUGCCGUGUCCACUUCCUGUCUCCUGGCCCUGCUCCGGCCCCAGCAUCCUGGGGGGAGUGAGGCCAUGUGCCCAUGCAGGUCCAGCCAGAGCGUCGGGACCACACAGCUCCGACAGUCCUCUGUGACUGCUGGAAUGCCGGACGCACAGCCCUCUUUGCUGCUGGUUACCAGUUCAGCCUCAGGUCCAGCUCUCCGUACCUUGGACCUGUGCUCCAGCCAGCCCUGCCCCAUCGUCUGCUGCUCCGCUCCCACCUCCAGUCCUGUUACAGACCCUAGUGUUGACCCCACUGCUACCCCUGCUCCAAGCCCCAGGCCCAGCCCCAGGCCCAACCACUCAGGCCCCAGCCAGAUGGCCCCGCUGCCAGCCACCAACAUCAGAGCCAAAUCCUGGGGUAUUUCAGCUAAUGGCAUCAGCUAUUCCAAGCACCCCAAGAGCCUGGAACCUCUAGCCAGUCCUGUGGUCCCCUUUCCUGGGGGGCAGAGCAAGACCAAGAACAGUCCCAGCCUCGGUCUCCACAGUCGCACCCGCAGAGGGGCCCCUCAACCCAGCCCAAGCCCUGCCCAGCUCGCUCAGACCCAGGACCAGCUAGACCCAGUGCCAUCCCUGACCUCCAUCCAGCUGCUGGAGAAUUCCAUGCCUAUCACUUCCCAGUACUGUGUGCCAGAGGAUGCCUGCAGGCUUGGAAACUUCACCUACCAUAUCCCUGUCAGCAGCAGCACCCCGCUGCACCUCAGCCUGACCCUACAGAUGAAUUCCUCCGUUCCUGUGUCCGUGGUAUUGUGCAGUCUGACAUCAAAGGAGGAGCCCUGUGAGGAGGGGGGGUUUUUGCAGAGACUCCACCCCCACCAGGACACCCAGGGCACCUCUCAUCGGUGGCCAGUAACCAUCCUGUCCUUCCGUGAAUUCACAUACCACUUCCGUGUGGCACCGCUGGGUCAGGCCAACUGCAGCUCAGAGGCCGCCAUCCAGCCAGCCACAGACUAUUACUUCCACUUCUACCGCCGGUGUGACUGAGCUGCCUCCUGGGGCAGUGCCACAGCUGGGACUGGGUCCCGGGCCCUCAACACUGGAUGCAAAGGUGUUACACUGGAGCCUGCUGCAGGCCAGCUCUCUGUCCUUUACUGCCUCCCCUUGACUGAGGAGACUGGAAAUCUUCACACUGGAGCUGCUGGGCAAGCUGGUUACCCUCACACAGUAUAGAGGGGGCUAGAGUGACCAGCAUCCUGGGCCUUCCUUCUGGCCACCUCCUCUUGGCAGCACAGGACCAAUUCAUGGCUGUCUAGAUACGGUUGCUGGAGGGCUCAGUGCGGGGCCCUGGAGACAAGGGGAAGCUAUGACCCUGACUUGUCCACGCCAACCCUCCCUGCCUUCCCUUCUGAGCUGUGGUGGAGAGAAGAACCAUGGGGGUUGGACCCAGACCUGUAACACCUAGCUGGACCCCAUGAGUUCAUGGAGAGUGGAGAACUCUCACUAUGCUGUUCCCAGGAGGGACAGCUCGGUAGUACUUUCUGGGGCUUGACUGUUACACUAGACCUGGAUUUCUAAGCUUUAAUGUGGUUGGUUCAAGAGAGUUCUCCCUGGGAGAGCUUAGCUCCUAAGAAUUCCCGAGGCAGUCGGGGCCAGCCCUGGAUGGCUGGAGAAGCUAACCAUGUGCCUUAAGUCUACUGGUGUCUGGUGGAGCCAUCCUCACAGGGUUGAACCAGUGGGGCCCGAUAGGCCAGGUAAGCCUUGGACCCCUGAACCUGGAGUAUCCUGGAAGGGAAGGUGCCCUGUGAGCUCCCAAGAUCUGUGUUCCUGGGAGCUUCCCAAGCUCAUGAUGGAGUUGGUGACACGAUCAUUCUCUGAGCAGAGGAGCAGGAAUCCCUGCAAGCAAUAGGCCAGUUUCCACUGGAAGGUGGAUGCAGAUAACGUUAUUAAUGAUGUAAUUACUAAAUGCACUUAAACCAGGGCAGCAUGGAGUAGGAAGGAGCUGGAAAGCUGAGUGGGCUUCAGCUUGAAAGGACCCUGGUCCCCCAGAUCAAAGUUCCUCCCUUCAGGCAUAGAUCUAUGCUUGGUGGGCCCCAUCUCUGCCUCUUCCACCCCCAGGAGAGGAGUGGUGGAUUUGGGCUAAGAGAUUUUACUCAAGUGACAGCUCCAGCAUUUCUUAGCAGCACCUACAGCAUCCUGAGGUCACAUGCGGGCUCCUGGAAGGAGCGCUGCAAUCAUUAGUUGUCAUGGACUCAGCAGUGGGAAAGGGAACUGCUCAUACCUUGAGAUAUCCUGACCCUUUGGACACCAGACCUUGCCCUUUCCAAUCUCCCAUUCUCAGCUCUAAAUGGGCAGCCUGUCUAUAGCAAAAUGAAGUCUGAGAAGUCCUGCCAUGGUUCUCAAAGCACUUAUCCUCAGGAUAGGGAAACAGCAGGGAUACCUUGCCCCCAAACUUUCUACCCAACUUGGCUCCAUUCCUUUAUUCUGCCAUAGGAAUCGUGGCUCCCCACAUCAGGCCAUGCCUUAAACCACUCUGUUCUGCCCUCCCGCAGGGUAGUCCUUCCUGCAGUGCCUUAAGACUGCCCAGCCCCACUGCUUUAGUAGCAUGCUGGAGCUCCCUCACGAGGGGCAAGUGUUCUUGGACUGUGGCCCCUCAGUCCUAAACUGGAAAGUGACCCUCCACUACUACCCCCUGGAGUCCAUCUGGACACAGCCAGCCUACGCACACUGGCAGCUGCCUGUUUGCAUGCCUGGGGAAGGGUCCCCAGUGUGAGUUGGGGCCAAAUUUGGGCCCCAAGCUGCUUGAGGGGGGGUCAACUUCGGACCAAAGCCGCCUUAAGCCCCAAGUAUAAAGGGCUUAGGGGAAGGUGAAAGGGCCACAGGUUGGAGGCUGACAGCCUGGCAGGCCCUUCCCUCCCACUCCUGGUGUGUUCCUAUAGCCACUGGGCUAAUCUCUCUCUUGCUUUAAGCUGUACAUAGGGCCCCAGCACAGACCCCUGCCCACAAUGUAUCCCUUAGUGGCCUGUGUGUUCAUAGAGCGGCUCCCUUCCUGUUAACUCCCCAUCUUCUCCUUGAGCUCUGACUCCUAUUUAUCAUGUACUCACUCUGACUCUGAGGAAGGCAGAGGGAAGCCACUGGGCCUACUUGCUUCCUGUUCCCAAACUAUCCUUUUCUUCUCAAGUAAAUAUACAUAUAUAAAUAAAUGUAUAAAUACUGCUUUGUAUCUGAA